CAGCCUCUAGCUCCAGUUGUCUCUUGGCCUCUCUCGAUUUUGGCUCUGGUCUUAACAAGUCCCCUCUUUCUGCUCUCCUUGAACACUCUUCGGGUACAACAUGCAGAACAACAAUGAUAAUGAGAACUGCCAUGAUAAACCAGAUAAUCAGCUUUCCGUUAAUGAUAGCACAGUGUCGCCUGAUCAGAAUGGCAUGUCGUCAUCUCUUGUUGAUGCUUCACCAAAAGUAACUGAAUUGCAAUCUAGAAAAGAUGAUAUAUGUGGACAGGUGGAACUAGACAUUUCAGAGGAAUUGAGCAGGCAGCUGGAACAUAUUAUUCAGACCUAUGCAUCUUCAGAUUCUGUGAGUGUAGAGAACCAGACUGCUGGUUUGCCAAUCAAAGAAGAACAAUCUACUGAUGAUGGAGAUACUGAAGAUACAAAUACAGAGGAACCAAAGGAAGCCGUUUCUUCAUCAGAGGUAUCAUCAGCCAAAGAAUCUACUUCAAGUCAAGACCAAAAACUGGAGAAGAAAAUGUUGAAAAGCUUAGGUAAAGAGGCUGGUCUCCUGCUCCAAAGCUUAAACAAAUUGAACACCCCCGAGGAGAAGAUGGCAGCUUUGACAAAGAAGUAUGCAGAACUGCUUGAAGAGCAUCGUACAGAGCAAAAGCAUAUGAAACAGAUGCAAAAACGUCAAAUCCAACUUAUAAAAGAGAAAGACCUACUACAAAGUGAGCAUAACAAAGCCAUCCUUGCUCGAAGCAAACUCGAGAGCCUGUGCCGGGAGCUGCAGAGACACAACAAAACACUCAAGGAGGAGACCAUUCAAAGAGUUCGCGAAGAUGAAGAAAAACGGAAAGAAAUCACUAACCAUUUCCAGAUAACACUGGCAGAAAUCCAGAGUCAGAUCGAGCAGCAGAGUGAGAGAAACACUGUGCUGUGCCAGGAAAAUGCUGAGCUGGCAGAGAAACUCAAGAGCAUUGUUGGCCAAUAUGAAGUCAGAGAAGAGCAUUUGGAUCAGAUAUUUAAACAGCGGGAGCUCCAGCAGAAGUUGGUGGAUGCCAGGCUAGAGCAUGCCGAAGAACUGAUGAAAGAAGCUGGGGAAAAACAUAAGCGGGAGAAGGAAUUUUUGCUUACCCAGGCUGCAGAAUGGAAGUUACAGACCAAAAUGUUAAAAGAUCAGGAAACUGUACUAAAAACACAGAUUGCUCUAUACUCUGAGAGAUUUGAUGAGUUCCAGAGCUCAUUGACGAAAAGCAAUGAGGUUUUUACAACUUUCAAAAAGGAAAUGGAGAAGAUGACAAAGAAGAUUAAUAAACUAGAAAAAGACACAAACACCUGGAAAACGAGAUUCGAAAAUUGUAAUAAAGCUCUGCUGGACAUGAUUGAAGAGAAAGCCAUGAGGGCCAAAGAAUAUGAGUGCUUUCUAGUGAAAAUUGGGCGGCUGGAGAAGCUUUGCAGAGCACUACAGGAGGAAAGAAUUGAACUAUACAAACGAAUUAAAGAUGCCAAGACACAAGAUGAGGAGGAGGAGGAGGAAGAAAUGGCAGAUGAGGUCCCAGAUUCUGCUGUGGCUCCUGCUGAUGAAAGGUCUGUGACAGAGCCUUCUGUAAUAGAUGAAAGAAUCAUCAGAGAUCUGGAAACAGCUUUUAAGGUGACCCACACUCUUGAAGAGCCAGCAGAAGAAAGAGGUUCACCAUGUCUACACCCAGAUGCCAGCGAAUUGGCCGGUGAAAAUCCCUCAAAGUCAUUACAAGAUGCAGCCUGCUCCGAAUCCAAACCUUCAAAAACAGAAUCGCAGCACACACCGCCAACUAAUGAUAUGGAAGAUGUAGACUAAGCGCACCGUUAAACAUUAGGUCAGGAUUAUCAGUGAUUUGUAUUUGAUUUUUGAAAUUUUAUAUAGCAGGGCCCUAUUGGAGGGAUUGUCUGAGGGGUUAAAAAGGAUCAGGUUUUUUUCAAGAACAAGCCCACACAUGUCCGUGGGCUGUGUCUGGUAUUACAGCUCUGUUCUGUUCACUUUAAUUGGGGUGAGCUGCAAUGCCUGGCACAGCCUAUGGUCAUGAGGGGGACUGUUUCUGGGGGGAAACUUUUUUUUUUAUGGCCGCUUUCAAACGAGUGUAUUGAAAUUCGUCAGUAUUCUGGCUCAGGAUUGUCAUCAGGAUUGCUUCAGGAUUUCAUCA